GUCACAUCCUGUCAUUUUGAGGAAGCCAAGCAUUCGUUCUGGGUUAGUUUAGUGCAGUUAACACUUAACUACCAUCAGAGUUGGUCAGAGUACAGAAAGGCUUCUUUAAGAUUACAUUAGACUGAACUCUAAAACCAAACAACAUCAACACAAAAUGCUACAGAGGGCAGCCUCAAAUGUUUCAGACAAACCAAAGCCCAGUAAACCAAAGCGCUCCACCAGUUUUGGGCGAUUUGACGGCAUCAGACAACCAUCACCAGCCAGACUAGAGGAAAAUGUAACAAAAGUGACAGAGGAGUCUGGAUGUGAGAGUUCUGAUCAGACCAAACAAGGCAGCCUGGGGAAGAAGAUGAAGGCCAUCUCUCUAACCAUGCGCAGGAAGAUGGGCAAGAAGCACUUCAAAACCUUCUCUGAGGAAGCUGGUGAGGACACUGACAGAGACCUAGAGGAGGAAACAGAGAGCAGUCCUCCUGUUGAGAAAGGCUCUGAAGAGACCAGCAACUCUCUGGAGAGCCUCUGCAGCGGACAGAGCUCCUCCAGUGGUUUGGCCAGCGUCUCAGAUGGCUCCAGUACCAGAGACAGUCUGAGACUAGAAGAGGACGGCUCCUACAACGGACACUUCUGUGGUAGAGCACGGGUCCACACAGACUUUUUUCCCAGCCCAUAUGACACUGACUCCCUCAAACUCAAGGUUGGAGACAUUAUCAGCAUCAUCAGUAAACCUCCCAUGGGCAUAUGGACAGGGAUUCUGAACAACAAAGUGGGCAAUUUCAAGUUCAUCUAUGUUGACAUGCUCAUGGAGAAAGAAAGAGAGGAGGAGGCGCCAAAGAUCAGGCCUCAGAGGAUGAGCAAGAGACCACGACCAAAGACACUACUGGAACUACUGGAGCGGCUACAUCUAGAGGAGUAUGCAUCUGCACUGCUUCUGAAUGGCUACCAGACAGUAGAGGACCUGAGGCACCUGCAGGAGAAACACCUUAUAGAGUUGAACGUGAUGAAUCCAGAACACAGAGUCAGGCUGCUGGCUGCUGUCGACUGCAGAUAUACAGAGAGCGAUGAUGUGAGGGAGAGUGAGGAGCCCUCUUCAUCACACAGUUUGAAGGUGGAGAAGAGCGACUGUCCAAGAGACUCAGGCUGCUUUAUUCUAUCAGAGUGCUCUGAAAACAGCAAAGAGGACACAGAGAGCCAACCAGUCACACACUGAUAGGCCAGACUAUCCUAACUAACAGGUUUUGACAUGUAAAUUACAAUGGCUCACCAUGUUUGUCUUGUCUGUAUUUGGUUUUACAAGAUGGGAUUUAAUUAAUUACAUGUUAAAUGUAGCCAAUUUUUCUUAAAACUAAUGAAUUUAUUCCUCAUUUAUGCACCUUUUAUCUAACCUAUUCAUUCACAUGAAGCACAGGUGUCAAACUCAUUCCACGGCGGGCCGAAUAGCUGCGGGUUCCCUUGCGGGUUCACUCCUCCCUUGUACUUGGUUGAUGAAUUAAGGUCACAAAUUAGAAAAGAACUCCCCACACCUGGUAGUUUAUGUCUUAAUUGAAAGGAAAACAACUCAAACCUGCAGACACUAGGCCCUCCAUGGAAUGACACCCCUGACAAAUUAUAUUUGACUUAAAUCAAAUCUUAAUGUUUGUGUAUUGUGCUGGAAACUAUGGUGUGUGUGUGUGUUUGGUUUUACUAUCCUUGUGGUGACAGAAGGCUAUUUCAGGCUUAAGGGGUUAGGUUUAGGAGUUAGGGGGUUGUGGUUAGGGUUAGGUUAGGUUUAAGGUUAGUUUUAAGGUCAGGAAAAGUGGGAUUUUGAAUGGAAAUUCAUUGUUUACUAUCCUUGUCCCAACAAGGAUAGUAAAACAAACAUGUGUGUGUGCGUGCAUGGGAGUUUUUACAUAUCUUUUUGAACAAUCCUGGUUCAACAAAAUGUACAGUACCAGUGGAGGCUGCUGAGGGGAGGACGGAUCAUAAUAAUGGCUGAAACGAUCGAAUGGAAUGGCAUCAAACACAUGGAAACCAUAUGUUUGAUGUAUUUGAUAUCGUUCUACUUUUUCCACUCCAGCCCUUACCACGAGCCGUCCUCCCCAAUUAAGUUGCCACCAACCUCCUGUGAAAUGUACAUACUUGUAGAACUCAAUAAGUGCAACAUGUCACACAUUAAUAAAGUAUUUAUGCAUCAAGUCA